GCGAUGGUGAAAUCGAUGAGUUCAUUCAGCUGGCCGACAUGAACGGCGACGGAAUGAUCCAGUUUGAGGAGUUUGUCAAGUGGCUCUACGGCAGUUCCGCAACCGCGAUGGUGACGACAGCUCCUGCAGCUGUGGCGAAUUUUCCGCGGUUGGGUCUGGAAGACUCUGUGAGUGUGGCCACAAAGAGAGCUGUCACAGGUCAAUUGCAGAUGUCUUCUCCAUCGGAGAGGAUGCGCUGA